GCUCUGCGCAUGCGCAGUGGAGCGAUAACGCUAGAGACGGAGGGUCGGAGCCCGGUUGUGUAUGCCGUCUAACAGCGGGGGGAGAACCGGUUAGAGACCGACCAGCACCGGGAUCCACCGGACACGAGCCCACCGAGCCCCGGUAGACCUCUCCGGAACAGAGCCGGACAGGAGGCGGGGGCAGAGAGGAGGCAGGCCGGGUCUGAGGACCAGGAGCCUGCCUGUCCGCCUGGUCACACAAAGCGGACUGAACAGGACCUUUAAACGGCGUCCAAACACCGAGACCCGGACCCGAGGGCUCACAGGAGACUCCUUACAUCAGGUUCCGUCUUUAGAGCGAGUCCGGACCACAGAAGGACCAGAGGAGGACCAGAGGAGGACCAGAGGAGGACGCGGCGCUGUGAAGGUCCAGAUGUUGGCCUGGUGACGAUGCUCCAUGAUCUGACUCUCCGAGGACAGAAAACACACGAAGAAGAACUGUGGAGGACCGAGAGGACACACACACCGAGACACCGGGAGGACAACCCACGGGACAUUUAGAGUUUGGAUGUAAAGAAGACUGAGAGGACGACAUGGCCUCCCUGAGGUGGACCCGUCUCCCCGUCCUGUCAGUCCAUGUCCUGGUUCAGGUCCUGGUCCUGGUCCCGUCCCAGUCUGUGCUGGCGGCACGCUCUGACAGGAACUCAGCGUUGGAGGAGUAUGUCUGUGCUACGGUGAACGCCACGGUGCUGGACGGACGAGGACACACAGUCCACACGAUGAGCAGUGAUGAGGGGACGUACGGACAGAACUCCCCCAAAGUGGACACCCGGGGGGUCGUCAUAGCACCCGCUCCGCACAACGGAGUGGUGGACCGACAGGGCUGUGACCCAAACACACGCUUCCUGGUUCCUCCCCGUAACGUCCACUGGGUGGCGCUGCUUCAGAGAGGAAACUGCACCUUUAAGGAGAAGAUCCUGAAGGCGGCGGCCUACAACGCCACGGCUGUCCUGAUCUACAACAACUCCACCAACAAGACCGUGAAGAUGGGCCACGAGGGUACUGGCGACACGGUGGCGGUGAUGAUCACAGAGGCUUAUGGGAAAGAGAUCCUGGCUCACCUGGAGAGGAACCUAACGGUUCUGGUUUCGGUGGUGGCCGGGGAUCGAGGUUCCUCUAAAAACAUAAACCGAGGUUCUCUGGUCUUCGUCUCUAUCUCCUUCAUCGUCCUCCUCAUCAUUUCCUCGGCCUGGCUCAUCUUUUACUUCAUCCAGAAGAUCCGCUACUCUAGCGCCCGCGACCGCAGCCAGUGGCGUCUUGGUGACGCAGCAAAGAAAGCCAUUGGGAAGCUUACCACAAGGACAGUGAAGAAAGGGGACAAGGAGACUGAUCCAGACUUUAAUCACUGUGCUGUGUGUAUCGAAGCGUAUCAGCUGAACGACGUGGUCCGGAUUCUGCCCUGCAAACAUGUCUUCCAUAAGGUGUGUGUGGACCCCUGGCUGAACGAGCACUGCACCUGUCCCAUGUGCAAACUCAACAUCCUGAAGGCUCUGGGCAUCAUGACCAGCCUGCCCUGCGUAGAUAGUGUGGUUUUGGACGUGGAACGCCUUGGUGUUAGUCAGUCCUCCAACAGCCAGAGGACGCCCCUCAAUGACAGCAGUCAGCCAUCCAUUAGCCUGGAGCCACUCAGCCCCCCUCAUCCGGAAGCUGCACCCAGAACACCUGCUGACAUCACGAUCUCUGUGACCAGCGGCGGCAGUCAUUUCUUCAACAGGAACUCAAUGUCUCCUCGCAGCGUCGUCUGUGAGAUGGAGCUGCCCGACAUCCAGGCCUCGCUCGACCUCUACGACGACAACAAGUCCUGAGGCUGUUGUCAUGGUUAAGACCCCUUCCCAUCACCAUCACCUACACCUGCUGUGGAUGGACGACCUUUUAAGGACGCAGAAGUGUUUCCUGUCCACAGGGAAGGGGGGGCGGGGGGUUGAAAACACAAACCUGGAGGAACUUUAAAUAUUAUUUAAUUCAUCAGACUCCCUCAAUCUGGAUCCUGGACUCAUUCUUGAUCCUGGUCCCGAACUGGUUCCUAGACUCAGACUGGAUCCUGACCUCAGUCUGGGUCUUGGACUCAGUCUGGUUCCUGGACUCAGUCUGGGUCCUGAUCUUAGUCUGGGCUCUGGACUAAGUUUUGUCUCAUCAGCUUGAAUCUACCGUUGUCACUUUCCCAGGUGAAGACUGUUGGGAACGUGGAGUCUGUGUUCAGGACACAUCGUUUAAAAUUUGAUAAAACAAAUGAUCCAGAGAACUCCAAAUCCAUCUAUGACCAUGAAACCAGAACCCGAACCAGUCUCCUCUAGCAAACCAGACACAAGGAGGAGUUUAUAGAAACGUUCUGGAGUUCCUUAAAGUGCUCUUGUGUUCCUGGUUAACUAAGAACCAGGGAUUGAUCCUGAGUUUCUGAUAUGAUUCCUUGAACGAGUCCUCAGAACCUUUAAGAAUUCUGCAGUUCCUGAACUUUUAAAUGGUUCCUGGGUUCCUAAUGGGCUCCUAAGUUCUGAAAAAGUUCCUGAGUGCCUAUAAAGUGUCGUAGUUCCUUAAAGUUCCCAGGUCCUGGAAAUGUUUUGCGGAGAUCCUGGACAGUGUUGUUGACCUUUUUUAAAGGUUCUCUGAGGGGUCAUUAAAUUCCUUAGUCCAGUUAAAGGUUCUUGAGCUCGAGGAACAUUUUUCUGGAAAAGCUCUAUAAGGGGUUCUUGGUUUUCUGUAAAUGCUCCAAAGGUCCUGAAAAGAUUCUAGAAACACCCUAAAGGUAUUGAAAUUUCUUAGGUCAUCAGAGAACUUCCUGCUUCUUGUAAAAGGGUUCUUGGAAAAACUCUUGAAACAUGAAAAGAACUAUUGUUCCUGGGGGACGCCCUUGUACCUGGACCUUAUGUGAGCCGAGUACUUCAGGGCUUGGACCUCUUCUACACUACAGAUACUGCUAGUUUGGUCCCUCAUCCAUCAUGAUAUCAGAACUGGGAUCAGAGGUAAACCAUCGACCUGGAUCUGCUGGAAACCCUGGAAACCACAAUCAUGUAAACUCUAACAGUGUUAACUCGUCUGUAGCAAAAACAGUUCUGUUUCUGUGUAGAACAAAGACGACUGGAGCGGUCCACACCUUCAGGAAACCUUGGCUCUGUGUUUGAUAGUGGGUGGAGUUCCUCGGGGGGGGGGCGUUUCGGGUCCCCUGCUCCUCGUAUCAAAGCGGCUCUGUGUUUGAUAGUGGAUGGAGUUCCUCAGGGCGGCGUUUCGGGUCCCCUGCUCCUCGUAUCAAAGCGGCUCCAUGUUUGAUAGUGGGUGGGGUUCCUCAGGGCGGCGUUUCGGGUCCCCUGCUCCUCGUAUCAAAGCGGCUCUGUGUUUGAUAGUGGGUGGGGUUCCUCAGGGCGGUGUUUCGGGUCCCCUGCUCCUCGUAUCAAAGCGGCUCUGUGUUUGAUAGUGGGUGGAGUUCCUCAGGGCGGCGUUUCGGGUCUAACCCCCAGUUUAACCCCUUGUUGUGUCUCCACUGUCAGAGAGAGAGGGAGUAGUUUUGCUCAGCAAUGUUUUUAGCUUAACACAGAUGCUGCUAACUGUUAGCGUAUGUUCUUCAAAGAGUGAACUUUAACCUGCUAUAGCAUCAGGUAAGUCGUUAGCUUUUUAGCUCAGCAGCUAGUCAGCACAACUUCCUGUAGUUAGCUUGUUUAAAUUCUAGUCAUUAUGUCUAAGGUUAAUGUGUCUGUGAGCCAAUCAGAAAGCUCCUGGAGUCAGGUGAGUCACUUCCUCUAUGUCAUAGACCCUCGCCCCUCAACAUGAGCUACUGUUUGUUUCUUCAUGUCUUAGUCUGUUACAGGAACUGACACACCUGCUCUGUUCUGAUUGGCUCACAGGGUCCUCAGGUGUGAUGCUAACAGAUGCUAACAAGUGUGUAUGCUGCAGAGUGCAAGGUUUCCUGGAUUACGGACUGCCCCUUUAAAGUGUAUAAACAGCUUGUGAUUAUAAUCAGCCUCCUCAGUAUUUAAACACACAUACAACCUAUAACCUGAUCAAUGUUAGCUCUGAGAGAGAGAGAGAGAGAGAGUGUGUGUGUGCGUGAGCGUGUGUGUGUGUACGUGUGAGUGAGAGUGUGUGUGUGUGUGUGUGUGUGUGUGUUGCUUCAGUUUAAUGUGUCUGUUACUGCCUCAGCAUUAAAGUGUCAUUAUUGCCUUUAA